CGCAUACCUUUGUAGCGAGAAUCCCUUAAGGUCACCCUUCUGGCUAGGAUAUGGUACACGUGCCUGUCUUUGCACGUGCCCCACUCGCUCAGGCUUGAACGUUGCGUUUCCUGGCAACAGGAGAAUGCUCCCUUCCCCUUUGGCCAGUUGGCAUCAGACAAGAGGAUGCUCAGAGUCCAGCUCUGGAGAGUUCAAGCAACUGAAAAUACUCCAGUGCUCCCAGGAGCGGUUACCUGGGCACUCUGUCCCCUUUAUCCCUGUCCUUUUCCCGUCCUGGGGCCAAGGACCCUCCAGUAGGACUCAGUUGCCUUGAGCCUGCUGCCCACAUCCCUCACUUCACUUUUCUUGUGGGAUCUCUCCGUUGUUCCUGCCCCUGGACGGAGUGACAAGCCAUCCUACAACAACAGGGAUGUCUUCUCUGCCUGCUGUCCCUAAAGCACCCAGCACAGAUGCAGAGCAGGAGAGACGCAAGUCCCAAGACGGCCUGGACACCGUGUCCCUCCAAGCAUCUGCUGCAGGGUCCCCCCUCUAGACCUCAUGUGUCUGGGAGGAAGCAAAAGUCAUCAGGCCCCCUGUUCUGCUCCUCAGACACCCUUCCUGCCACCUCUGCACACUCCCGAGACUCAGCCCAGGCCACAUCGUCUGCUCCAACGCAUCCAGCCCAGGGCACGACAGCACACUCAGCCGCAGGGGCUUCCUUACCCACCACUUCCAACUUGAGCCCCCGCACCAAAAGGAAGUGGACCUGGGCUGCAGACACGGCUGGGAGCCUUCCUGACCCAUCUCCUGCCUCUCCCACCGCCACCCUGGUCAGUGGUCCCACCUCAGUACUGAAACUUCCUGUUACGGCUGCAGCCACCACCCAGCCCAAACCUGUGGUCCUUCAUGGACAGCAGCAGGGAACCCAUGGCUUGAAGCAGCCUCAUCCAUCUUCCCAUCCAGCUGUUUCAUCUGUAGCCCAGGCCUCAUCUUCUGCUCCAACACAGCCAGCCCAGGGCACCACAGCACACUCAGCAGCUGGGGUUUCCUUACCCACCACUUCCACCUGGAACCUGGCUGGGACCCUUUCUAACCCGUCUUCUGCCUCUCUCAUCACCACCGUGGCCAGACUGAGGAUCAGUGGUCCCACCUCAGUACUGAAACUUCCCGUGACUGCUGCAGCCACCACCCAGCCCAAACCUGUGGUCCUUCAUGGACAGCAGCAGGGAACCCACGGCUUGAAGCGGCCUCAUCCAUCUUCCCGUCCAGCUGCUUCAGCUGCAGCCCAGGCCUCAUCUUCUGCUCCAACACAGCCAGUCCAGGGCACCACAGCACACUCAGCCGCAGGGGUUUCCUUAUCCACCACUUCCAAUUCGAGCCAGGCUGGGACCCUUUCUAACCCAUUUUCUUCCUCUCCCCGUGAUGCACAUGCUGCCUCCUCAGAUUGUACACCUGCCAAAGUUAGGCGACUCUGCUAAACAAGGUGCAGAAGAGUUUUCUCUAGGUUUCCUUCUAAUAUUUUUCUAGUUUUGUACCUUGCAUUCGUCUCUGAUCUAUCUGGAGGUGGUGUUUGCAUGCAGUGAGAGAAAAAUUCUUCUGCAUGUGGCUAUCCAGCCCUCCUAGUACCAUUCACUGAAGAGGGUGUCCUUUCCCCAGUGUGUGUUUCUGUCAGCUGUGUUGAAGACCAAUUGGCUGUGAAUAUGUGGCUGUCAUUCUGGGCUCUGUCAUGUGUCCCAUUGAUCUAUGUGUCUAUUUUCCUGCUAGCACCAUGCUGUUUUAGUUACCAUGCACUUGUCAAAAAUUUUGUCGUUCUAAUUUGUAGUGAAAUGGGAUGCCUCUAGUUUUUUCCAUUUGCAGAGGAAGGCUUUGACUCUUUGAGCUCUUUCUUGGUUCCAUAUGAAUUGUAUGAUUUUCCAAUUCUGUGAGUGAUGACACUGGUAUAUUGGCAGGGGUUGUAUUGAAUCUCUAGGCUGCUUUGGGCAAUACGGUCAUUUUAAUGCUACGAGUUUCUUCCAUCCAUUAGCAAGGAAUGAUUGUCCAUUUCUUUCUGUCUUAUUAAAGUUUUUCAUCAGUGUUUGUAGUUUUUCUUGUAGAAAUCUUCAAACUCCUUGUCAAAUUUAUUCUGUGGCAUAUAUUUUUUCAUUUUGCUGCUACUGUAAAUGGGAUUGUCUUCUUGAUUUCCUUUCCUACUAGACCAUUAUUGGUGUAUAGAAAUGCUGCUGAUUUUGGUACAUGGUUUCUGUAUCCUGCAAUAACUGUAUUUAUUUAUUGAUCAACUCUAGGGAUUUUCUGGUGGAACAUUUACAUGUUUGUAAAUCCAAGACCAUAUCUUCAUCAGAUAAGGAUAAUUUGAUGUCCUCUUUUCCAAUGUGGAUGCCUUUUAUUUUUUCCUCUUGCCUGAUUGUGUGAUGUUGAAUAGCAGUGGUGAGAAUGGGCAUCCUUGUGUUGUUCCUGUUUGCAGAGGAAAUGCUUUCAACAUUUCCUCAUUAUGUAGUAGGUUAGGCAAGGCUUUGUCAUAAACAGCUUUCAUUAUUUUCAGGUAUGUUUGUUGUUUUUUUCUUUUUUAGAUGAAGUCUUGCUCUUUUCAUCCAGGCUGCAGUGCAAUGGCGGGAUCUCAGCUCACAGCAACCUCCGUCUCCCAGGUUCCAGCAAUUUCCCUGCCUCAGAGUCCUGAGUAGCUGGGUUUACAGGUGCCCACCACCAUGCCCGCCUAAUUCUUGUACUUUUAGUAGAGAUGUGGUUUCACCAUGUUGGCAAGGCUGCUCUUGAAUUCCUGACGUCAGGUGAUCCACUCACCUCAGCCUCUCAAAGUUCUGAAAUUACAGGUGUGAGCCAUGCAUCAGGCCAUUUUCAGGUAUGUUUCUUUUAUGCCUAGCAUGUCUGUUCCUUUUUCAGGACAUGGCCUCACUCUGUCUUUCAUAUUUGAGUGCAGCGACAACAUCAGAGCUACAGCUUUGAACUCCUGAGCUCCAGCCACCUCAGCCUCCCGAGUAGCUGGGACUCUGGGUGCAUGUCACCAGAGCUGGGUAAUUUUUAUUUUUAUUUUUUUGUAGAGAUCUAUGUUUCUCAGGUUGGUCUUGAACUGCUGAUGUCAAGUGAUCCUCCCAGCUCAGCUUCUCAAAAGCACUGAGUUUACAGCCUGAGGCAGUGCCCGGCCCAGAGUCACAUGUUAGCAUCACCUCCUCACUGCCGGGCUCCAAUUUUGUUAGUGACUGAAAACCUUAAGGGAGAUUUUCUGGUCAGGCCCUACCCAGUCUGUGAAGAGGGGGGAAAUGGAACGAUGGCAUGUGGAUGGUUCUUUUGGAGAACUGGCCAGACAAGUGCUAAAUGCUGUUUCCUGGAAUACAGGACCAUGAGAUGUCCAGUCCAGCUGCCUGGUCCAGGGCCCCUGGCACCAUCUAGUUUGGGAGCUCACCCAGAAGGUACCUCGGUUGCCCAAAGCAGCUGAUCUUCCUAUGAAUCUGGUCCCAUUUGAAGAAGGUGACAGAAAGGAAGUUUCUGUCCUCCAGGAAACCAUUCCUGUGCAUGCCUGUCUUUGUCCUUGCCUUGGCUGACCUCUCUGUACCAUGAGAACUUGGAUUUGCAAGGCUCUGCCUGUCAGCUGAGCAUAACAGAACAGCUCUCUUCUGUUCCAGUGAGGAUGCCCAGGCUCCUACAACCCUGCCCAGAUCUGACCAUUCUCCCCUUCACCCACAGGUGACCUCCAACGCGAUCCUCCUCACUGUCUUCUGGAAGCUGCUCUGAAAAAGGGCAUUUUGGCCUCAAACAGGGAGCAUGUCACUCCCUGUUUUCUGUUGAUCUUUCCAGUGCUGUUUGGGACAGCCCAUGCAUUUGUCCAUGUACUGCUUCUUUGGAAGGCAAUCAGGGCUUUCUUUCAGGGGUGGGUAUAAAAGUUCUUAUGAGAUUUGUGUAUGAAGUCUGCCUUCACUACUUGGAUAGGACUUGCAUGCUUCCUCUGCAUGACUGCAAUCUUACUAAAUUUUUUAAAUUUUUAAUUGUAUUUAUUUAUUUAUUUUGAGAUGGAGUCUGGCUCUGUCACCCAGGCUGAAGUGCAAUGGCGUGAUCUUGGCUUACUGCAACCUCCGCCUCCUGGGUUCAAGUAAUUCUCCUGUCUCAGCUUCCUGAGCAGCUGAGACUACAGGCACAUGCAACAACACCGAGCUAGUAUUUAUAUUUUUGGUAGAGAUGGGGUUUCUUCAUAUUGGCCAGGCUGAUCUCAAACUCCUGAUUUUAGGUGAACUACCUACUGGAGCCUCCCAAAGUGAUAUAAUUACAGGCUUACAUUUAUUUAUUUCUUAUUUAUUUGAGCUGAAGUAUUGAGCAGUUAUUCUGGCUAGAGUGCAGUCGUCUGAGCUUGGCUCACUGCAUCUCUGCCUCCUGGGUUCAAGCGAUUCUCCUGCCUCAGUGUCAACAGUACCUGGGUAUAAAGACAAAUGCCACCUCAUCCUGCUCAUUUUUGUAUUUUCUGCUCCCUGCCUCACCAGGUCCACAAGCAAAGAGGAGUGCAAGGCAAGGCAAUUCUAGAAAAGGUAACUCCAGGUAAUGCAAGGCAAGGCAAGGCAAGGCAAAAAAAUUCCAGGCAAGGAACUUCCAGGCAAGGCAAGGAAGGCAACUCAAGGCAAUUUCAUGCAAGGAAACGCAAGUCAAGGCAAGAAAAUUCCAGGCAAAGCAAGUCAAGGCAAGGCAAGGCAAGGUAUGGCAAGGCAAGUCAAUUCAAGGCAAGAAAAUUCCAGUCAAGCAAGACAAGACAAAGUAAUUACAGGCAGGGCAAGGCAAGGCAAUUCCAGUAAAGACCAUUCCAGGCAAGGCAAUGCAAUGCAAGGCAAGGCAAUCCCAGGAAAGGCAAGGCAAGGCAAGGCAAUUCCAGACAAGGCAGUUCCAGGAAAGGCAAGGAAAAACAAUUUUAGGCAAGGCAAUUCCAGGCAAGGCAAUUUCAGGCAAGGCAAGGCAAUUCCAGGCAAGGCAAGGCAAUUCCAGGCCAGGGCAGGCAAGACAAGGCAGGGAAAGGCAAUUCCAGGCAAGGCAAUAUUAGCUAAAACAAGACAAGGCAAUUCCAGCAAGGCAAUUCCAGUCAAGGCAAGGCAAGACAAGGCAAUUCCAGGCAAGGCUAUUCCAGAGAAGGCAAGUCAGGGCAAUUCCAGGCAAAAAGAAGCAAGGUAAUGCAAUGCAAUUCCAGGCAAGGCAAUUCCAGGUAAGGCAAGGCAAGGCAAUUCCAGGCAUGUUAAUUCCAGGCAAGGCAACAGAAGGCAAGGUAAGGCAAUGCAAUUCCAGGCUAAGCAAUUGCAGGCAAGGCAAGGCAAGGCAGGGAAGGACAGGGCAGGGCAAGGCAAAUUCCUGGCAAGGCAAAUCAAUGCAAGGCAAUUCCAUGCAAAUAAAUUUCAGGCAAAGCUAGGCAAGGCAAUUGCAAGCAAGGGAAAUCCAGGCAUGGCCGGCAAGGCAAGGCAAGGCAAUUCUAGGCACAGCAAUUCAAGUCAAGGCAAGGCAGGGAAAUUCCAGGCAAGGCAAGGCAAGGCAAUUCCAGGCUAGGCAAAGCAAGGAAAUGCAAGAAAAUUCCCGGCAAGGCAAGAAAAUUUCAGGCAAGGCAAUUCCAGGCAAGGCAAAACAAGGCAGGGCAGGCCAAUUUCAGGCAAGGUAAUUCGAGGUAAGAAAAGGCAAGGCAAAGCAAGGUAAUUCCAGGCAAGGCAAUUCAAGGCAAGGAAAGGCAGGGAAAUUCCAAGCAAGGCAAUUUGAGGCAAGGUGAAGCAAGGCAAAAAAGGGCAAUUCCAGGCAAGGCGAUUGCAGGCAAGGCAGGACAAGGCAAUUCCAGACAAGGCAAUUCCAGGGAAGGCAAAGUAAGGCAAGGCAAUGCAAUUCUAGACCAGGCAAUUGCAGGCAAGGCAAGGCAAUGCAAGGCAAGGCAAUUCCAGGCAAUGCAAGGCAAGGCAAUUCCAGGCCAGGCAAUUGCCAGAAAGGUAAUUCCAGGCCAGAAAGGUAAUUGCAGGCCAGGAAAGGCAAGAACUGGCAGGAAAAGGCAAUUCCAUGCAAGGCAAUUAUCAUUAAGGCAAGGCAAGGCAAUUCCAGUCAAGGUAAGGCAAGAGAAGGCAUUUAUAGGCAAGGCUAUUCCAGGGAAGGAAAGGCAGGGCAAUUCCAGGCAAGGAGAAGCAAAGUAAUGCAAUGCAAUUCCAGGCAAGGCAAUUCCAGGUAAGGCAAGGCAAGGCAAUUCCAGGUAAGGCAAGGCAAGGCAAUUCCAGGUAAGGCAAGGCAAGGCAAUUCCAGGCAUUUCAAUUCCAGGCACGGCAAUGCAAGUCAAAGAAAUUCCAGGCUAGGCAAUUGCAACAAAGGCAAUUUCAGGCUAGGCAAGGCAAGACAAGGUAGGGAAAGGCAGUAUCAGGCAAGGCAAUUCCAAGAAAGGCAAGGCAACACAGGGUAAGGAAAUUCCAGGCAAGAGAAGGCAAAUCUAUUCCAGGCGAGGCAAUUCUAGGCAAUGCAAGGCAAUUCAAGGCAAAAAAAAAUUCCAGCAAGGAAAUUCCAGGCAAGACAAGGAAAGGCAAGGAGAGGCAAGGUCAUUCUAGGCAAAGCAGUUUCAGGCAAGGCAAGGCAAGGCAAGGCAAUGCAAUGAAAUGCAAUUCCAAGCAAGAAAAUACCAGGUAAGACAAGGCAAGGCAAUUCCAGACAAGGUAAUUCCAGGAAAAGCAAGGAAAGGCAAUUCCAGGCAAGGCAAGGUAAGGCAAGACAAUGCAAUUCUAGGCCAGGCAAUUCCAGGCAAAACAAGGCAAGGCAAAGUAAGGUAAUGCAAUUUUAGGCAAGGCAAUUCCAGGCAAUGAAAGAAUGGCAAUUCCAGGCAAGGCAAUUGCUGGAAUGGCAUUCCAGGCCAGGCAAGGCAAGAAAAGGCAGGGAAAGGCAAUUCCUGCUAAAGCAGGUCAAGGCAAUUCCAGGCAACCCAAUUCCAGCCAAAGCAAAGCAAGGCAAUGCCAGGCAAGGCAAUUCUAGGCAAGGCAAUUCAAGGCAAAUUGCCUUGCCUUUCCUGGAAUUUCCUUGUCUGGAAUUUCCUUGCCUUGUCUUGCCUUGCCUUGCCUGGAAUUAAAUUGCCUUGCCUUGCCUGAAAUCGCCUUGCCUGGAAUGGCCCUUUUUUACCUGUUUUGUCUUGCCUGGAAUUGCCUUUCCUUUCCUUGUCUGAAAUUACCUUUCCUGAAAUUACCUUGCCUUGUCUUGUCUGAAAUUUUCUUGCUUGGAAUUGAACUGCAUUGCAUUGCCUUGCCUUUCCUGAAAUUGCCUUGUCUGGAAUGACCUUGCCUCUCCUUGCCUUUUCUUGUCUUGCCUGGAAUUUCCUUGCUGGAAUUUGUUUGCCUUGCCUUGCCUUGCAUUGCCUGGAAUUGCCUUGCCUGGAAUAGCCUUGCCUUCCCAUGCCUGUAAUUGCCUUGCCCUGUGUUGCCUUGCCUUGCCUGGAAUUGCCUUGCCUGAUAUUGCCUAGCCUUGCCUUGACUGGAGUUGCCUUCCCUGGAAUUGCCUUGCCUCACCUUACCUGAAAUUGCCUUGCCUGGAAUUCCCUUUCCCUGACUUGUCUUCCCUUGCAUUGACUGGAAUUCCAUUGCCUGAAAUUUCCUAGCCUAAAAUUGCCUUGCUUUGCCUUGCCUGGAAUUGCCUUGCCUGGAAUUACGUUGCCUUGCCUUGCUUGACUGGAAUUUUCUUGCCUGGAAUUGCCUUGCCUUGCCUGGAAUUGCUAGGCCUUGCCUUCCCUGGAAUUGCCUUGCCUAGCCUCGCAUGGAAUUGCCUUGAGUUGCCUUGCCUGGAAUUGCCUUUCUUUGCCUUCCCUUGCCUGGAAUUGCCUUGUCUUGCCUUGCCUGGAAUUGCCUUGCCUGGAAUUGUAUUCUCUUGCCUUGCCUUGAAUUGUCCUCCCUGGAAUUGCCUUGCCUUGCCUGAAAUUGACUUGCCUGGAUUGGUCUUGCCUUGCCUUUCCUUGCCUUGCCUGUAAUUUCCUUGCCUGGAAUGUUUUGCCUUGCCUUACCUUGCAUUGUCUGGAAUUGCCUUGGUUGGAAUAGCCUUGCCUUGCCUGGAAUUGCCUUGCCUUUCCUUAACUGGAAUUGUCUUGCCUCAAAUUUUCUUUUCUGGAAUUGACUUUCCCAGAAUUGCCUUGCUUGCCUUCAUUUGCUAUGCCUUUCCUGAAAUUGCCUUGCCUUGCCUGGAAUUGCCUUGGAAUUGCCUUGCCUUGCCUGAAAUUGCCUUGCCUUGCCUGGAAUCAUCUUUACUGGAAUUACUCUGUCUUGCCUUGCCUGGAAUUGCCUUGCCUGAAAUUACGUUGUCUUGCCUUGCUUGAUUGGAAUACUCUUGCCUGGAAUUGCCUUUACUUGCCUUGCCUUUUCUUGCCUUGCCUGGAAUUGCCUUGAGUUGCCUUUCCUUGAAUUGCCUUGCUUUGCCUUCCCUUGUCUGGAAUUGUCUUGCCUGGAAUUGCCCUUACUUGCCUUGCCUUUUCUUGCCUUGCGUGGAAUUGCCUUGAGUUGCCUUUCCUUGAAUUGCCUUGCUUUGCCUUCCCUUGUCUUAUCUUGCCUUGCCUGGAGUUGCCUUGCCUGGAGUUGGGUUCCCUUGUCUUGCCUUGAAUUAACCAUCCCUGGAAUUGCCUUGCCUUGCCUGAAAUUGACUUGCCUGGAUUGGCCUUGCCUUGCCUUGUCUUGCCUGGAAUUUCCUUGCCUGGAAUUUUUUGCCUUACCUUACCUUGCAUUGCCUGGAAUUGCCUUGCCCUCCAUUGCUUUGCCUUGCCUGGAAUUUCCUUGCCUGGAAUUGCCUUGCCUUGCCUUGCCUGGAGUUACCUUCCCUGGAAUUACCUUGCCUUGCCUUACCUGGAAUUGCCUUGCCUCGAAUUUCCUCUACCUUGCCUUGCCUUGCCUUGCCUUGCCUUGCCCUGCCUUCCCCUGCCCUGUCCUGCCCUGACCUACCCUGCCCUGUCCUGCCUUGCCCUGCCUUACCUUGCCUUGCCUUGCCUUACCCUGCCUUGCCCUGUCCUGCCCUGUCCUGCCCUGCCCUGCCUUGCAUGGAGGAGAAUGGCUCCAGUGUCAGACUCCCCAACAUGCUGCAUGCUCAGCAGGAUAUGCCCAUGGACAUCCAGGAAACGCUCACCUUCCCCACCUUGGGAGAGGUCGCCGGACAGAACUGUACUGGGUUGGUGUCAAACAGGACCCCACACACUUUCUUGAGUGCAAUCCUGUUUCCCUCCUCUGGGCAGCUGCAUCCUUUUCUCCUGCAGAAAUUUAUGGAGACUCAGCUCUGGGUUUCAUCUCCCUUCUCCCCUCUCCUUGCCCCAACCUCCUUUUUCUGAAAAGUGAGGGAAUUGUUUAUGGGUUAAUUUGUUGAAAAUAAGUGGUGGCCUCCACGCUUCUGUUUUCUUUCAGCCUGAUGGUAAUGCAGGGUUACAAAGGAUGCCUGGGUUCCCACACAGGUGCUGGCAGAAGGGGCAGCAGAUGGUGCUGUACCUCUGCCUGCUUGAGGAAGGAGGCCAUUCCCCUGCCCCUCAUCCCUAGGCCAGGCUUCUCCCUGACCUUCUGAAUAUCCUGUAGUCCAGAGACCUCAGAACCCACUUCUGAGAGAGCAGAGCCAGGCACUUAGAGAAAGACAAAAUGGUGCCAUUCUAGGAUCUUAUUAGGUAUCUGAAUCUGUUAGGAAAAAAAUUAGGAACUAUGUAUAAAACUUAAAAUAUUCAAGUAUUAAAAGUUUAUUUGAAUCAAAGUUUUAAAACAUGCCAUCAGCAAGCUUCUACCACUAAGUGGGGACUUUUACAGAAGUUGAGCAAGUUCCCUGAGUUGAGAGAAAAAUGAAGCCACCUGUGCUGGGGGCACUUGAGGCAGGGGGACUGUGGGCAGAGGGAAGCCAGAGAAGUCCCAGCUUGUGGAAGCCAAACAGGAGAGCAUGAUCCAGGAGAACAGUCAGGAUUAGGGAUGAGGUUUGUGCCACAAUACCCAGCUAAUUUUUGUAUUUUUAUUAGAGAUGGGUUUUGCCAUGUUGGCCAGGCUGGUCUUGAACUCCUGACCUCAGGUGAUCCACCUGCCUCAGCCUCCCAAAAUGCUGGGAUUACAGGCUUGAGCAUCUGGCUGCUUUUUGCUUUUCAAAGGUUAUAAGCUACAUGUACAAUUAAUUUUUUAAUUCCUGUUACCUACUAGAAUGUCAGCUCCAGGCAAGAAGAAAUUGUGAAUGUGUCAUUUAUCUUUUUUUAUUUCUCUUGUUUGCUUUUACUUUUUCUUUGCCAUUUUUUUUUAAAUUUCAACAACUUUCCCAGUACAAGUGGGUUUUGGUUACAGGGAUAAAGUAUAGAGUGGUGAAGUCUGUGAUUUUAUUGUAUCCUUCACUUGAGGAGUGUCCAUUGUACCUCAAUAAGUAGGUUUCAUCCUCGCCCACCUCCAAUCCUUCCUCCUCCUGAGUCUUCAAUUCCCAAUAUACCUAUCUGUCUGACUUUGUGUUUGUGUACCUUAGCUCAGCUCCCACUUAUAAGUGGGAACAUGUGGUAUUUGGGAUUCCAUUCCUGAGUUGUUUCACUUAGUAGUAGUAUAUUUAGUGUACCUAUAAUAUAGAAUAUAUUGUAGUAUUCCUAUUGAUAUACAAAUACACACAAAUAUAUACAUACACACACACACACACAAACACAUACACAUAUGGUAGAUCUACUUUUGAUUCUUUAAAUAAUCUCCAUAAUAUUUUUGAAAGAGGUUGCACUAAUUUACAUUCACACAAGUUGUAUUAGUCUGUUCUCAUACUACUAUGAAGAAAUACCUGAAACUGGGUAAUUUAUAAUGGAAAGAGGUUUAAUUGACUCACAGUUUCACACAACUUGGGAGGCCUCAGGAAAUUUACAAUCAGAGUGUAUUGACGAGCAAAUACAUCCUUCUUCCUUCCUUCUUUACAUGGCAGCAGAAGAGUGAAUGCCCAGCAAAGGGGGAAGCGGCUUAUGAUACCAUCAUAUCUCAUGAGAACUAACUCUAUCAUGAGAACAGAAGGGGGAAACCUCGCUCGUGAUUCAAUUUUCUCCACCUGGUCCCUCCUGGAAAACUUGGGGAUUAUGGGAACUAUAAUUCAAGAUGAGAUUUGGGUGAGGACACAGCCAAAUCAUAUCACAAGCAGUUAUAAACAUUCCCUUUUCUCCACAACCUCACAAGCAUGUUAUUUUUGAAUAUUUAAUAGCAGCUAUUCUGACUGAUGUGAGAUGGUAUCUUACUGUAAUUUUAAUUUGCAUUUCAAUAAUUAAUGACAUUGAGCAUUUCACAUACUUUUUGGCUAUUUGUACAUAUUUUGAGAAAUGUUUAUUCAUGUCAUUUGUUCACUUUUUAGUGAAAUUUAUUUUCUUGCUGAUCUGUGUGAGGUAGAUUCUUCAUAUUGUUUUUUGUUGAAUAUGCAGUUUGCAAAUCUUUUCUCGCAUCCUGUAGGUUUUCUAUUUACUCUGAUGAUUAUUUCUUUUGCCGUGCAGAAGCUUUUCAAUUUAAUUGGGUCUAAUUUAUUUGGUUUUGUUGCAUUUGCUUUGAGGAUCUUUGUCACCCAUUCUCUGCCUAGGUCAAUAUGGAAUAGUUUUUUUUUUUAAGUUUUCUUAUAGAAUUUGUAUAAUUUCAGUUCUUAGAUUUGAAUAUUUCAUCCAUCUUGACUUAAAAUUUUGUAUAUGGUGAGAGACAGAAUCCAGUUUUAUUCUUCUACAUGUGACUAUCCAUUUUUUCCAGCAUCAUUUAUUAACUUUUCCCCAGUUUAUAUUUGUAUGUUUAUGUUUUGUAUGUUUUCUCAAAGAUCAGUCUGUUGUAAUUAUUUGGCUUUAUUUAUGGGUUUUCUAUUAUGUUGCAUUGGUUUAUGUAUCUACUUUUCUAUCAGUACAAGGGUGUUUUGGUACUAUAGCCUCAUAGUAUAAUUUGAAAUUGAGUAAUGUGAUGCCCUAAUAUUUAUUAUUUUUGUUUAAAAGUACUUUGGUUAUUUGGGAUCCUUUUUGUUUCCAAAAGAGUUUUAGGGUUAUUAUUCUUGCUAAUUCUAUUAAGAAUGAUGUUGGUAUUUUGAUAGAAAUUUCAUUGAAUCUAAUUUGUUUUGGGCAGUAUGGUCAUUUUCAUGAUAUUUGUUUUUUUACUUCAUGAACCUGUUUCCAUUUGUUUAUAUCAUCUAUGAUUUCUUUCAGUAGUGUUUUGUAGUUCUCCAUAUAGAAAUCUUUCACCUUCUUGGUUAAGUGUAUUCCUAGGUUAUUUUAUGGAGCUUUCAUAAAAAAGAUUUAUUUCAUGAUUUGAUGCUCAGCUUAAUCCUUAUUGUUGUCAUGCUACUGAAUGUGUACAUUGAUUCUGUAUCCUGAGACUUUACUGAAUUAGAUUAUCAAAUCUAGGAGUCUUUUGGGGAAGUGUUUAGGGUUGUCUACAUAUAAGAUUAUAUCAUCAGCAAACAGAGGCAGUUCGACUUCCUCUUUACCAAUUUGGAUGUCCUUUCUUUCUCUUGCCUGAUUGUUGUGGAUUGAACAUCCAGUGAUAUGCUAAACAAAAGUGUCCAAAGUAGGCACCAUUAUCUUGUUUCAGUUGUUGGGGGAAAGCUUUCAUUUUCCCUUUUAGUAUGAUGUUGGCUUUGGUUUUUUCAUAUACAGUUUUUAUAAUUUUGAGGUAUUUUCCUUCUAUGCUUAAUUUCUUGAAGGAUUUAAGAAUGCUGAAUUUUAUUGGCUGCUUUUUCUGCAUCUGUUGAGAUAAUCAUAGGGUGCUUGUUUCUAAUUUAUUUAUGUGAUGAGUCAUAUUUAUUGACUUGCAUAUCUUGAACCAUUCCUGCAUCCCUGAGAUGAAACCUCUUGAUCAUGGUGAAUAAUUAUUAUUAUUUUUUUAUGUGCUGUUAAAUUUGGUUUGCUAGUAGGUUGUUAAGAAUAUUUGUUGUCCAUUGGGAAUAUUGGUUUGUAAUUUUUUUUUUUGUUGUGUUCUUUCCUUCUUUGGCAUUUGGGUAAGACUGGUCUUGUAUAAUGAGUUAGGUCAUAGUGACAGUAGGAUCUUAGGUCACAGUGUCAGUAGGAUUUGUACCAAUUCUAUUUUAAUGUCUGGUGGAAUUGGCUGUUAAUUCAUCUGGUCCUGGGCUUUGUUGUUGUUGGGCAGAUUACGUAUGAUUCAUUCAGUUUCACUGUACAUUUAUCUUUUUAUUCUUCCUAAUUUUAAAUUUUAAUUGCCAAAAAACAUCACAAAAACAGGCUCAAAAAAUAUAGAAAAUGCUACUGUCCUAACCUCUUUUUACUUUAGUUUAGUGUUUCAUUUAGAGUAAUUAGUAAGAAUCCAUUCUAAAAUGGAUGGGAGAAGAUAGACCAAUAGCACAGGAAAGACAUUUUUAUCUGCAGUCUAAUUAUCAAAUUUUCAUCACUAGGAAUUCUAACAAAAUUGCUGUCUCUAAAUAGACUCUUAUUUGGCAAAUCCAAUAUAUUAUCUUUAUUUUCUACCUUCUUUGACUUGUGUAAUAUUGGCAACUACAUAUUUGCCAAUUUUUUCCCGAAUGCUGCUGUAUCUUAUUUUUUUUUCUAAUUCCUCUGAUUCUAGGCCCUUUUCUCAGUCAAUAACCUACCCCCAAAAGGUUUUAUCUCUACCCUAUUUUCAACAUAUUAUAUUCUAACAUAAUUUAUACUCAUUCAUUUUUCUUAUCAUUCUACCCGUUUUGAAAUUCUCCAAGUUUGAAUGUUUUAAUUUUUGUUCAUCUGCAGUAGCUAGCAUAUUUGUAUACAUCCUGUUUUUAGUAAAUAUAUGCUAAUUUAAGUUUAGUAAGUAAAACAAAGGCGUUAAUGGCAUAUGAUUUCAUGAGAAGUGGUGAACUCCGUUGCCCAGCAGAAAUAUUUUUAUGUACCUGUGAUUUACUAAUCUUGAGCUUCAAUCUGUCUGCUAUGUUUAUUUUUAUAUUGCAUGUUGCUAAGCAAACUCAAUUGAAAUAUGAGUAUAUGCCUAUAAUUCAACCCUUUAUGCAUUCAUUUUUAUGUUACAUUGUAUAUCUUAUCUUUUUUAUCUUUGUGUUGUACUUAUAGACAAUAUAAAGACAGUCUAUAAACACUGUGAAGUAAACUGAAUGCCAUCAUCAAUGAUUUGAGAGUAUUUCUAGUUUUUAAAAUAUAUUUUAUAGAAAUGUGAGUUUAACAUUUGAAUGUUUUUAAUGCUUCACAUAAUUUCUAAGUUUUUAUAUUUUUUAAAAUAAUGAAUUUUAUUAUAUAAAAAUAUAAUGAAUUAUAUUCUUUAAAUAAUGAACUAAUUUUGACUAAAUUUUUAUUCUGUGAUUUAUCCUGUAA